AUGGAAAGUUACAUUGUCAUUUCCUUUAUUGGAGAAGGUUCUUUUGGUCGUGUUUUCAAAGCAAAACAUAAAGAGACUGAUGCAGUAGUUGCUUUAAAAGUAAUAAGAAAGAAGGGACGAUCGCCAAAAGAUUUAAAAAAUUUAAGACAAGAAUGUGACAUCCAGAGGCAGCUUCAGCAUCCUAACAUUAUUCGGAUGAUAGAUAGUUUUGACACAGAAUCUGAAUUAGUUGUUGUUACAGAAUAUGCAGAAAAAGAACUGCACAGCAUUUUGGCAAAAGAAGGAUGCUUGAAUGAAGAGCAAGUAAAAAAAAUCACUUGGGAUUUAGUUUCAGCCCUAUAUUACUUACAUUCACAUAGAGUAUUACACAGAGAUUUAAAACCGCAAAAUGUAUUAUUAGAUAAUUCAGGAAGAGCUAAGCUAUGUGAUUUUGGGCUUGCACGGAUCAUGACUAAUGCAACACACAUUUUGACUUCAAUCAAGGGUACACCUCUUUACAUGGCACCAGAAUUGAUUGACGAAAAACCAUAUGAUCAUCAGGCUGAUCUUUGGUCUUUGGGCUGUAUUGUAUAUGAGCUGAUGGCGGGGCAGCCACCUUUUUGUACAAUGUCCAUUUGGCAACUGGUUCGAAUGAUUCGUCAUAAACCUGUGCAGUGGCCUAGUUUCAUAAGUAUGGAAGCACGGUCAUUUUUACAAGGCUUGCUACACAAAGAUCCAAUAAAACGAAUGAGUUGGCCGGAAAUAUUAGAGCAUCCAUUUGUAACUGGUCACAUUCUUAUAUUACCAGAAGAUAAGCAAAGUGAUUCGCCAUUUACAAAGCCCUUGACUCAUAGCCAGCAAGAAGCGAAACAAUUGCAAAGGGAUAAAAUAAGUAUUAAUGCAAAAAAUACGAAAGCCGGGACCGAAGUGGCUAAAGUCGGCAAGGAACAUGAUUUGCGUAAUAUACGUGGUGGCGUCAUGCAAGCCCUUGAAUUUAUUCCCAUGUCCGAUGACGAUAGUGUAAGAGCUACGAGUGCAUUUAGCGUUCGCGAUAGUCUUAAAACGGACGAUGAGGAUCAAUCGCAACCUAUUACAGCUGCCAAUGCCAAAUUAUUACGUCAUGAGUUCAAUGUUAUGAAUAAUUCCAAUCUUGUCGUGUGCAAUCUUGAAAAAAAUAUGGCGCAAUUAAUGGCCGUAAAUUCAAAACAAGAAUCAAAUCUCAAUAAGAUGCAUAAAAUUGAUGAAGAGAAGCAAGAUGUGAACAAGGCUAAUGAGGAAAAUGAUUCGUCUAAUAAAAAAGAGCAAGAAGGUUCUGAAGCAAAGCAAAAAUCCAAGUCUGUAGACACUGCGUCACACAGUCUGGAGAACCCAAAAAGUUCUACAAAAUGCAGUAGCGAUAUUAGUUCGGGAUUAAGCAAAAGUGUUCCGCCAUCGUAUAAACAGAAAAUUCUGCAAUUUUCGAGAGACAAGCUUAGAUUUGGUAGCAGUGGCAAUAGACUAACGAGAAGCAUAAAAAGAUCGUUUCACUUCAGUAGAAGUUUUGAUAAAAAUAAAACUGAUACCCAUAGACGUACAAGUGAACCAAAUUUAGAAAUACCAAGUAUCAUAGAUAAAGAAAAUGACAAAAAUGUAUAUUCUAAAGAAGAUAAGGAUGAAGAUAUUGAAAAAAGUGAAAUUAUUGAAGAGACAACUGAUGAUAAAGAUGUUGCUAAUAAUGAUUGCAUAGUUAGAGCUGAUAACAGCCACGAAGUAAAAGAGCCUUCUACGAUCGAAUUAGAGGAAUGGGAGGCAUUUCUUAAUUCUAAUAUAACUGAAGUCAUGGACGGUGACGUUGAAUCACUUACGCAACUGAAUAUGGUGAGCAUGGUGGUGGGAGUAGUUGGAAGUGCGGCCCGGGGAAAGAGGGGAGCCCGUGUAUGCGGCGCUGUCGCUGCUUUACUAGCUUUGCCUGCAUUAUCACACUCCCUACCUAGACACACCCUACUGAACAUACAGGAUGUGUAUCUGGAAGCGAAAGUCGUCUAUAACUUUGUUGCUGCUAUAAACACAUUAAUGAAAAGUACAGACGACAAUGAGGGCGAAGCCGAUGACAGAUUCCAGGGUGUGAGUCGCAUGAUUGAAGUAUGCGCGUGGCUUUGCGUGCGUUCUUGUCGCGGAGUGCGCCAGUUGGCAACCGCAUUAGUCUCGUACAAUGCCUAUCCUGUUUUCACGAAGCUGCUUACUUUAUCCUCAAAAGCACCACGUAUUGUUCUGAACACAGUGGGUCUUCUCAUUACCGUACUUCAAGAUUUGCCCGAGCAUGCUGACGUUGUGGAGAAAAUAUUAUUUGAGGACGUCACGUUUAACUUCUUGAGGCUCCUAGAGCAGCCAAGCGACGCUCUCAAAAUGAGAGUCUGCAUACUGAUCAGUCUAUUAUGCACGUUCUCUUGUACAGCGUUUUCUGCGGCUAUGGAACCCAAAUGGACUAAGAAAGAAAGUGAUUGCUUAGAGGCUUUGCAUUCACAUUGCAAUAUGACACUUAAUAGGGCGGCAAGGCUGGCUACAAAGGAGUUGAAUAAUAUGCCAUUUUAUGUCAGCUGA